AUGGCGCUGAAUGCUUCCGAGAAAUGGGAUCUCUGCCCACAGGCUGCUGAUCGUCAUUUUGGCCCCUCGCUCGAUGCGCGGUGCCGCGGGGGCUUUGAUUUCACCCUCACUUUUGAACAAUCCAUCCUGUCUAUUGCUCCUUCAGCCCUGCUGCUCCUUAUCGUCCCCUUCCGAUUAUACUGCCUGUCUCGCGCCAGCCUUAAGACCAAUGUCUCCUUCUCCCUGGCGUGCUCGAGCAAGCUUCUAGCCGCUGUUGCUCUGGUUGGUCUCCAAGUCGCCUUACUAGUGUUAUGGGUUCGAAAUCCACAGGUACAAACGGUCGCGUCCAUCCCGGCUGCCGCCCUGUCGCUGGUCGAUGCGCUGUCCAUCUGUCUGCUUUCCUACAUGGAGCAUACUCGUUCCAUUCGGCCUUCCACCCUCUUGGGGGUCUUUCUCUUGGCUUCGCUCGUCUUGGAUAUCCCCCAAUCGCGAACACUCUUCCUGAUGAGAAACCAAACGCCCAUGGCAGCGGUCUUCACUGCAGCGACGGGUCUCAAGGUAAUUCUACUCAUGUUCGAGGCACAGAGUAAGAUUCAUGAACUCAGGUUGCCGUAUCGCCACCAUCCUCCCGAGGCGACAGCAAAUGUUUGGGCGCGCACCCUAUUCUGGUGGCUCAAUCCGCUGUUUUUCAGGGGAUUUGCCCGUUUGCUAUCAAUCGAGGACCUUUACUCGAUGGACAGCAAACUCGCGACCUUCCAUCUUCGAGAAUGGAUGCAAGCUAGCUGGGCCCGUCGAGGCACUUGA